AUGAAGCUUUUUACGUUUCUUCUAAGAUAUUCUCUAGGCCAAUUCUCUUCGUCCGUUCUUCACGAUGACAUCUUCUUUGAACCCUGCCAGGCGCGGUUCUUGGAGAACCACGGCUGGGAAAUACCAGCAAAGCUGAAGAGUGAUGGUAUAUGCAGCGUUUCUCCGGAUUUUCUAGAGAUCGAUCUAUGGGACGAUCAUUAUGACGCGAGAAACAAUAAAUAUGUCAUCCCAUUUUAUGUCUCGAAGGGAUUCGAAAACUCAACUUACCUUGACGAGUUCGAAAAUCUCUUCACGGGCGACUCAGCAAUAGCAGAAAUUAGAAAACAAGCUCAAGAUUUUAAUGAGAACACGUGUGUGAAAUUCGUUGAGAUUUCCGAGGCUGAUCUUUCAAAGUAUCCUACUGCUUUUAAAAUCGAGGAAAAUGCCGAUCCUGAAUUUCCUUGCGUGGCGUUUUUGGGAAAACAAGCGAAUCAAACCCUGCGAAUGCGCCCAGAUUGCCCGAAAAAGAACGAUGGAACAGGAGUUUUGCAUCUUUUCAUGCAUAUUCUUGGCUUUAAUCACGAAUCAAGUAGAUUUGAUAGAGAUGAUUUUGUUGGGGUCAAUCAGAAAUUUUCCAAAACAACGGAGUUUUUCAAGAUUCCCAAAGAAUACGGCGCUUUAUAUGAUGACUACGAUUUCAACUCAAUCUUGCAUCAUCCAGCAUACCUCGAUCAAGAAGGCUUGCCAAACAUUUAUGCUCCUCCUCGACCGAGUCAACUAGCACCUGUUAAUCUUCAUGCUCCAUUUUCCGCGUCUGAUCUUCUCAAAAUCAAACUCAGAUAUCCCUGCUUGGCAACAAGUGAAUGCUUGCGAGACCCACCGCCAUGCGGCAUUAGCUCAAACUUGUGUGAAAAUACUCCCAGCGGUUUCACCUGCAUUUGCGCUGAUGGAUUUGAGCUGAACAAUGGAACCUGUGAAGACAUCAAUGAGUGCGUCGAUCCAGAUUUUAACACGUGUGCAAACCCUGCGGACUGUAGGAAUAUCCAUGGCGGUUUUCGCUGCAGUCGAAAGAAAGUCGACAUCGUUUGGCUAAUCGAUGGUACUGGCCCAUACAAAAAGUACCAAAAUGCAGCCAAGAGUGCAUUCAAAGAGCAAGUCGAAUUUCUCCUUAACCUUCAAGAAACAGACGAAAAAUAUGACUCGUUUGAGUUUCGAAUGGGAAUGACAUUUUUUGCGGACAGACGUUUUGCUCAAAAUGAGAUGAUUUCCACAACAAGAAGAGUUUAUCAAGCUGAUCUGGCAUUAACAGAUGUUAAUGAUUAUUCCUUCGAUAAGUCAUAUGAUGAUGCUUUUUCAAAAAUAAACAGUAUGUAUAACGGUGGAGAUGAUCAAGAAGAUCCCCUACUUGGAAUAAUUUUCACAAUGACAGACCCCACAAUCGGCUGGGCUUCAGACUCAAUCAAGCAGGUCCAUGUCUUUACCGACGUCGACUAUCAUUUCGAGGCCCUCUCGUCCGACCACCCUCCCCUUGAAAAGUGGACGUAUCAGCCCUCAACGCUGUAUACUUAUUACGACAGAGAUCUCACGAAUGACUUCACUUUUGGCUUCGUGCGAAAUUUGAGCAGCUCGGUUAUUGAUUAUUCAUACCGACCAGAAAUUGCCAUUUCUCAGCUUUAUUUCAAUGUUGCUGAUCAAUUCGCUCAAAUGGAAGAAAUCAUCGUCGAAGCCGUCGAGGAAUCUCUUGAGAUCGACAACUUCAUUGAUUUUUGUGCGGUGAAUCCUGAUCAGUGCCACCCAAAUGCCUCUUGCGAAAACCACGAAACAACUGUAAACUGCACUUGUAAUGAAAAAUUUGAGGGCGAUGGUUUCUACUGCUCACCGAUUAAUCCUUGCAAAAACAAUCCAUGUGAUGCUGCAACGGAGAAAUGCUUAUUUACCGGUCCCGACGAGUAA